AUGCCAGUCACUCUGAUCAACGACAGCACAACGGUACAGCUCGCGCUACCUAAAUCUCAGGCUUCGGCCGAGAUCCGUCUGUUCGGCGCCACCGUCACCUCGUGGAAAGCGGCAGGCGGCAGCGAGCGACUCUUUCUCUCUUCGAAAGCAGCUCUCGAUGGCAGCGCUGCCAUUCGAGGCGGCAUUCCCAUUGUGUUCCCCGUGUUCGGCUCGCCAAAGGAUCACGCCGACGCACCGGAGCUCAUCAACAAGCUCGGCAAGCACGGUUUCGCGCGCGACCACGACUGGGCUCUGUCUACUCAUGUCAUUAGCGUGGACGAAGAGGACAAGGCGAGCGUUACGCUCGAGCUGCGCACCGACGACAAGCCCGAGAUCAAAGCUGUAUGGCCCUUCCACACGGUGCUGCAGUACACCGUGACGCUGCUGCCUCACUCGCUCAGAUGCGAAUUCAAGGUCAACUACGUUGACGGCGAGGGCGAGAUGCCCUUCCAGGCUUUGUUGCACAACUACCUCCUCGUCCCCGAUUCCACCAAAGCUUCCGUCCAGGGUCUCAACGGCAUGUACUACAUCGACAAGGUGCGCGGUGCAGAAGAAUUCCAGCUCGACACCGACAACUUCACCUUUGACGCCCAAUCCAUCGACCGUGUCCACGUCGGCAAGCACAAGGGCACUCCAGCUGGCGAACUGCCGCGCGAUGUCAAGUUGGUGUACAACGCCAGCUUGCUGCAAGACCCGUUGGGGAGGAUGGGCAAGGGUGUCGAAGUGACGAGAUCCAAAGAGCUCAAGGAUACUGUGCUGUGGAACUGCGCAGAAGAAGGCAACAAGUCGAUCGGUGACUUGGAAGAGGAUGGCUGGAAGAAGUAUGUUUGCGUCGAGCCUGGCUCUGUCCAUGGAUUCGAGACGCUGCCCAAGGGUAGUAAAUGGGUUGCUGAGCAGACUCUGACCGCGUGGUAA